UCAAACUAAAUUUAUUGCAUUGGCUGUGAAUUCCAUCUGACAAUUAAAAUUUUGUUGCAGAUGUCUCCUCUAGUGGCAGCACAAGGACUGUCAAGCGGAAACAACCGCCCCGGGACAGGAACUAGCAGUAUUAGCGGAUAUUCAGCUCUCUUCCCCUCUAAUUAUAACGCAGUAGGUAAUCGUGGCUGGUCUGCAAGUUGCCUAAGACCCGCGCCGCCUUUGCGUCCUUGUCUCGCCCUCGGUACCGCAUCAAACGGUUCGCCCAUUAGAUCGAAUCGUAAACCGACCACCUAUGCGGAAGACGCCCUUAUAUUAGACGUAAUCGAGGCGUACUGUUCGAAUGGAAAAUCGAAAAACACCAUUCCUUCAGUGGAGCUACUAACCGGUGGUAAUGUACAAAUGCAUGAUAAACUUGCACGUUCCAAUUUGCACAGAUCUAGUGUCGAUCUAGGUCGUUCUUCAUCUGCUGUUAUUACCCAACCGUUGCACAGGCGUAGCUUCCGGCCUCAUGUUAGAGCUUCCACUUGGUGUUGUGGUUCACUUAUAAUGAAACGAGUGAAACACAGCAUUUAGUUUGUUUGUUGUUCUAUUUAUAUGCUUGUAAGUAGAAUUUUUUAAGAAAUUUUGGGUGGUGUUAUUUCUAUUCUAUAUUUAUGCAUUAUUGCAUACUUUAUUUCUUUUUCUGUAGCACUAUUUGUAAGGUACUUGCUCUGUAGUAUUUUUGUCAAUGUUUUGAUCAGUAUUAUUUAGUUGUUAUACUUUACAACUUGUAUAGUGGGGUUUAUGGGUACAUGGUGGUUAAUGAUGCUAUCGCAGCAUGGUUAAAAAUUGAAACUUUGACUUUAGCAUUUUGCAACUUAAACGUCGUUAGCCACCCUGUAAGUGAGUUAGUUUAGUAAUUAAGCAGUGUUAGUGCGUGUGAAAGUAUAAACAAUUAUAAUGGCGCUCUUAGUAGAAUGGGUUAAUUGUAAAGUAUGACACGUAACUACUUCAUAUUUUAUAUUGUCUGCACAUGUUUAGUUUAGUCGCUUGCUACUUUAAGUAAGUACGAGAUAGGUAUUAAAAAAUAUGCACUUUUUAUAUAACAAUUAAUAUUCAUUGUGCUUUACCAUUUUCUACUUUCUAACACAAUCUAGUAAAUUUCCUUACCUCUACUCUUCUAGUUUGCUCGUUGCAUGAUUAGACUGGUGUGAUGUCUGCCUUUUCAUUUCACUCGCCAGCUUUUUGCUUUUUUUUUUCAGCAAAUACCAUGGGAAGUUUUACUUUUCUGUUUAUUAUCACAGCGAGAUGUUCAAUAUAACUUGCGAGGGUCAAGGUGUAGAGAGUACAAAUUAAAUUUUUAACAUGUGCAUGUAAUAAUUUAAUGACGCUUUGCAUUUCAUUAUACAUUUCAGUUGAAGUGCAAUCUUAUCAUGAUGGAUCGUCAUCAGAGACGGAAAAAAAUAUAGCAGACUCUAUAAAAUCAAUGAAAUGCCAAAUAAAAAAUUUGGAAAUAAAUUUAGCGACGUUAUCGUCUCAACUUACAGAGGAGCGUGGUGCUAGAUGUGCCCUACAGACAAUUAUGAAAUCGCAUGUAGCUUUAAAUUGUAAAGAUUGCGACAGUAUUGAGUGGCCAACAAUGGAGAGUAAUAUAUUAAAUUAAUAUACGUAACCUAUUGUUAAUUAAUUCUAAUGAUUGUAUUAGCGUAAAUGGUAUUAUUUUUUAAUUUCUUUCACUAUUAGAUCUCUGUAAAUGACCCUGUAUUAAAUUAUGACCUAUUUUUAGAUGUAAAUAAAUACAGUGCCUAUUAACUAAUGUAAUUGUAUUUUGUAAUAGAUUGUUAUAUUUAAUUCCAUACGAAAAAUUUUAUAGAGCUGUAAUAAUAGUUUCGAACAUUUUACAUUAUUUAAUAUAAUAAAUAAUACUG